AUGGCGAACUCGCCCGCAGCCAGGACGGGGGCGCUGCAGCAGGACAAAGCAGCAGCAGCAGCAGCACCUGCUGCUGCUGCUGCUGCACAGGCCGCGAAGACACAGCAGCGGCAGUCUCCUUUAAGCGGAGACUGCAGAAGCAAAGAGGCCGGGGAGGCGCUGCCUGCUGCUGAAUACUGCAGCAGCAGCAGCAGCAGCAGCAGCAGCAGCAAGGGGCUUCUGUGCUGCGGGAGAGAGACAAGGGGAGGGAGCGGGUGUUCGUCUUUGCUUCCGAGCGUGUGCGUGAGCAGCAGCAGCAGCAGCAGCAGCACAUCAUGCGGCUGCUCGUGGACGGUGAGCAGCAGCAAGAGCAGCUGCAGCACGAGCAGCAGCAGCAGCAGCAGUGAAGCGGGUGCGGCUGCGCAGCAGCAGCAGCAGCAGCAGGACCUGGAGCGCGUGCGCAGCUGCCGCAACAAAGGAGAUGAAAAGCGCAUGCAGCAGGAGCUGCUGCUUUCCAAACUUCUGGACCAUCCAAACAUAAUUAAAACUUACGAAGUCUUCAGCAGCAGCAGCAAACUCUGGGCCGUGAUGGAACUCUGCACCGGAGGCACUUUGCUGCAGCACGCCAUGCCGCCUGCAGCAGCAGCAGCAGAGCAGCAGCAGCAGCAGCAGCACAGGGGCGCCGACAGGAGGGCGCACAGGAGGCCUGUUCUCGGGGCAGAGCCAAUUCUUUUGUCUUCGGAGGCCGCGAAGGCCAAAGCCGUUCGCAGCAUCUUCGAGGAAAUAGAUUGGGGCCUUUCCAUUUACAAGCCUUUGCGCAGCAACGGGGUGGCCCAGGUGCUGCAGGGGGUCCUCGAGAAGGACCCCCGCCGGCGCUGGAGCAGCAGACAGGUGCUGCAGCACCCCUACUUCAGGGGCUACGCUUCUCCCGGGCCGCCGCUGCACACACCAGCAGCAGCAGCAGCAGCAGCAGCACGUGGGGCUCUGAAGCCCCAGGAAGGCCUCAUGCUGCUGCGCUGCUUCGUGGCUUUGCUGAUAAUGGCGCGGCUGCUGCGGGAAGAAGCAACUUUGAAUUGGCUGCGGCUCUUUCGGCUGCUGGACUCGAGAAGCAGCGGGGCGCUGCAGGCAGAGGAGCUGCAGCAGCAACUUGCUGCUGCGCUGCUGCAGCAGAUGCAGCAGAAGGGCCUGAGUCCGCAGCAGCAGCACCAGCAGCAGCAGCAGCUCGAGGCCCUCAUUCGCUACGUGCUCCAGAGCUACUUCAAGAGCCUGGGCACUCCGGGUUUUGCUGCAAUGCCCUACAGCUACUUCAUUGCUGCUUGUCUCACUUCUGCUUCCGCCAUUCAGCAGCACUACGGGGAGGUCGAGGGCGCCUUCCUCAUGAUGCAGCGCGCGCGCCAGCAGCAGCAGCAGCAGCAGCAGCAGCAGCAGCCGCGGAACGGCAAGAGGGACAGGGCUACGGUCGGGCCAGUUACUCCUGCUGCAGCAGCAGCAGCAGCAGCAGCAGCAAAGUCCCCCUGGUGUAGCAGCAGCAGCACUGCAGCUGCUGCUCAGCUGAUAGAGCUCACCAGCAGCAGCAGAAUCAGAAAUGAUGCCGCUUGA